AGACAUUAAAACCAGCUUUCAUACUGAAACAGACUCCCAGCGGACAACAAGAUGAAUAUGCCACAGAUUCUCAUCCUCGUGACCAUUUUGGUGCGAGCAGCAGACGCUUUCCCCACAGACAGAAGAGCUCUGCCUGGCCUGGACAAACAAGCCUCCUGGGGCGACAUGAACGUGUUGGCUCACGGCCUCCUGCAGCUGGGCCAGGGCCUGAAGGAGAAUGUGGACAAGACCAAAGCCCAGAUGAGAGACGUCAACGCCAAACUGAAGGCCUUUAACGGCACGGUGGCUGAACUACAGAGGAAGCAACGGGAGCAAGAUGAAGCUCUGAAGGCAAGAACCAAAGACGUGGAGCAAGAGAGGGAGAGGCUGGUGGCAGAGCUGGCUGAGGAGGUGAAGACACAGAGCGAGGACAUCCACACCAGGAUGGACAGACUGGAGGAGAAGGUGGAUGAGGUUCUCAGAGAGCCGACGCUGGAUCGCAACAGCAGCGAUCACACAGGAGUCCCAUUUAUCCAGAGGCUGGUAGCGGCUCAGAACAGACGCAUUGACCAGCUGGUGGAGAAAAUCAAGCAGCAACAAGACAAACUGGAGAAGCAGAGUCGGCACCUGCAAACACUGCAAAUCAAGGUUGCACACAAGAGGGUAAAGUCACACCGACGGAGAGAUGAACAUAUGGCACUGAGGGGCGAGCCAGAAGAGCUGAGCAGAGACGUAUCGGGUUUGGCCAGAAACUGUCACGACCUGUUUGUACGAGGGCAACGAGCCAGCGGCAUCUACAAAAUCCAACCACAGAGCUCCCAGCCCUUCAACGCCCUAUGUGAAAUGACUUCUGAAGGUGGAUGGACUGUGAUCCAGAAACGUCAAGAUGGAUCGAAGAACUUCAACCAGCUGUGGGAAAGUUAUAAGAAAGGCUUUGGCAACCUGAAUGGUGAGUUUUGGUUGGGCUUGGAGAAAAUCCACUCCCUCGCCAAACAAGGCCAGUACGUCCUGCAGGUGGAGCUCUCUGAUUGGGUGGGAGAGCAGCGGCGGGAGGCUCGCUAUCGACUCCAACUUGAAGGAGAAGAGAAGAAGUUUGCUCUGCACCUGCAACAGGAGUCUUCAUCUGGGUCUCAGGAGAAAAUAAUGGCAACUGAGGAAUCCGGUCUUCCUUUUUCCACGGCCGACAGAGACAACGACCUCUCUACAGACGUGAACUGUGCCGAGCUGCUCUCCGGUGGUUGGUGGUUCAGUAGUUGCGGUGAGUCGAAUCUCAAUGGCAGAUAUCCCAGAAGGCCGAGCGUGCUCAGACGGCAGCAGCAGUCCAGAAGACAAGAGAUGUUCUGGUCGUCCACAAAGGGACAAAACAACUCUGUGAAGGCCACUCUUCUGAAGAUCGCGCCCGCCACAAUAAAACAAUGAGCUAAUCAGCAUGCCUCAAACAGCCGAGGAACAACCAAAGAAAACGUGACUGUAUUUAACACUAGUUAAUGAUCUGUCCCAACAAGCACUGGAUCAUCAGAUAUUUCUAUGCUGUGCCAUACGAUCAAUAAUUGUCAUAUUGACAUUUGUUUAUUUCCUUUAUAAGGGCUUCCUGAUCGUAUUUUGUAAUACUUAAUGUAUUUUAAAUACUAUUAUCUUCAUCAUUUAUACACAUGUUAUAUUUCAUUUACAUGAACUGAAUGAGAAUAAAGUUUAGAAAAAGUUUAAUAAAGCUUGGUUACUUGUUCUUGCUUGACGACAUAACGGCAUGCAAACCUCUC